AUGGUAGUACUAACUAAGGAAAUGUCUUCGACAACGCAGCAAGCUGCAUCCUACGAGAUCGGCCCCGCCCACUUCCCCGACGACAAACCCGCCAUCGUCGCUCUGUUCAACGCCUACGCAACCGCGCUGGGGAUCGACCUGACCUUUCAAGGCUUUCAGGACGAAGUGGAUUCCUUACCGGGGAAAUACAGCCCUGAGAGGGGAGGGCAAUUGCUGGUUGCGCGUGCAACUGCUCCUACACCCAGCCCUAGUGGCGCCAGCACCAGUAAUACUGCUGCUGCUCGUGAGAUAGUAGGCUGCGUGGCCCUUCGCGCCCUGGACUCAGACGAUCCAGAUCCAGAUCCAGAUCCAGAUACAGACAGAUCGAAAACUGGACGAGGCUUCUGCGAAAUGAAACGACUCUACGUCACCCCCGUCGCACGCGGAUCGGGUCUAGGCGCCAAACUCGUCGAUGCCAUCAUCCAGCACGCCCGCUCCCUGGACCGAUACAGGGGCAUCCGUCUGGAUACGUUGCCGGGUGAGAUGAUGGUCGCCGCGCGGGCGCUGUAUUACAAACGUGGAUUCCGCCGGAUUGCGCCAGUCGAUAGGGAUAAUCUAGAUAAUGAGAACUAUGUCAAUGGGAGCAGGAGAUUCAUAGAUAAAGGGAGUAAUAGGGAUGAUGCGACAAGUUUGCAUGACAUCGAAAUGAUCCAGAGGUCUUCAUAUCUAUCCAAAAUCGUACUUUUUCUUCUCAUUUCCUCCGAGAAUGUCGAGUACAACACUCCCCAAGUCUUGCAGAAUAACCUGCAAUGUGAUGGCCACUGCAGACAGGCGCAGCUGGAAGCCCUCAAGCACAGGCAGGAUGAAGUUUUUCUAAAAAGAAGAGGUGAAAAACUCGAAUGUUCUACAAACUUGUUGAAAACUGUGUCCAGGGUCCUCUUGGAACGUACUUUGGAAAUACUAGAUAAGCAACAGAAAAAGUCCUCCAAGGUUCUCUCCAUCUUGUACGAGGAGAACUGCUCGUUGAUCGUGGAAACGAGCAAUUGGCGUGUUACGAGCUUGAUAGAUGACAUUGACGAUCUUAUCCACGUUAAUUAUCAUUAUUCAGAGGAGAACACAGAGUCGGCUAAGCUGAGUGCACCAGUCAUCAGUGAGAAAGCAGCCGAUCACUGCCGUACUAUUCCUCCCGCUGAUGACGUGUUCCUGCAGGACACAAAAAUUGAAGACUACAAUUAUCACUAG